UGAUCCAAUCUUCUUUUAUCUUCCAAACAGAAAUUCCAGGGGAAAGAUCCAAAGCAUACAUGGAAGACGAUGAUGAAAACUGCCCCCAACGAAGCGGCUGUUACCGGGCGAUGGGAACGUGCGACUGCGUCACCAAACAUACCUGUAUCCUCGACUUCGAUAUGGCGCAGUACACCCCCCUGUACUGCGACCGCCAAUACGAUUACCCGGAAUUCGAUCAUCUGUACGAUUAUAAAUGUUCCCGGAGCGGAUGUGACUCGGUGGGGGACGAAUGUCUCUGCUCCUCCGGCGGAUGUGAUCGAACGUUUCAGUUCGAAAACAAAGAUCAGUGUUAUAAAUCUCUCAUGAAGCGCCUGUGUGCCAAUGUGACUUGUCCAGAGGUAAAAGUCCCGACCUGCCCCCCGGACUCCGUGCUCACCAAGCCUCAUACCCCCUAUGGAGAGUGCUGCCCCACCAUCCCCAGCUACUGUACAUGUCACUUUGAACGUUGUGUGAAUAAUUGCCCCAAUGGGAAAAGAAAGGUCACUAUUUGGAAGACGAAGGGGGAGCCGGGAUCGUGCUGCGACCUCAACCUAUGCCUGCUCUGAUCGAAUAAUCCCCGAGGAUGGAAGCCUGUGGCCAAUCAGGAAGAGCUGUGAUUUCUCAGAUGUCUUAUUUAUCGAUCAGCUUUCAUCUCUAAUAUCUCCUACAUACCGGCUUCAGAGAUAAUUAUUUUUCUAUUUCAAUAAAUUUUUAUUGAAAAGUUUUAAUGAA